AUGGCCGGUGCUCUGUUCUGGACAGUUCUAACCACCGGCAGCAGCACUGUGCUCGCCAUGUCCGGAGUGCAGGCCACUCUGGCCGAUACCAUUGAGGACAGCGAGUACCGAAGGCAAGCUGCUCUGCCCACGGUGGCCAACUUCCUGCGGCAAACGUACAUAGCAGUGCGGGAGUUGGCCUUCAACUGGGAGAAGUAUCCCUACGACCAUGAAUUCACCGUGCGCAUGUUCACGGACGGUCUGCCCAGCUUCUUCCAAGUCUGCCUCAUUCUGGCGAUGACACUCUCCUUCAUCCUCUUCCGCAUCAUCGUCGACCCUAUUCUCAGGGUAAGUGUCCCAAAUGGUGCUCUCUUUGCGUGUUUAUGCACGCUUUAAGUUGAGAGGGAGUUUGUAUUUUGGUAUAGUCAACACUGUCCGCAAGAUGCUUACUGGAAACAACCAUUACGAUACUAGGGGGGGGGGGGGGGCAUUUCGUGAGGUCUGUUACAGAGGUGUCGAAACUUAUUCGAACACACAGGCAUACUCCACUGAGAUUCCACUAACAACGUGAUUGGACAGUCACCUACAAGUCGGUUUUGGGGAAGCGCAUGUGGGUAUUACCAGCGUGACAAACUGGUUGUAGAAUUGCGAAGAUUCCCAUUGAAGAAUUCAAAAGACAAUUUGGCGAGCAUACACAAGCUUUCUAUGAAUUCAUUGAUAUUUUGGCAGAUUUUGAAUAAUUCAUAUUGACCCAACUGUAAAAAACUCGGCGCCUCGGUGGGAUUCGAACCCACGCAGUAAGGGGGAAGGCUUUAGUACAGCCAACGCUCUAACCACCUGAGCUACGAGGCCCCGCCGGACGACGUGAGUUUUAUCAUACUUGGGUCAAGUUACCCGCCCAACCUACUGCAACGUCUGGAAUCCACCAAAUCUGAUACAGUAAGUUGACUGCCCAAGCAGGAUUUCCUAAUGACACAACGUUCGUUGUCGUCAGUAGCAAGCCGGAGGGCGGGCAGAAUGGGAUCGAGUGAGAUCCUAACUACAACAGUGAGGGUCAAACGUUUACAUGACAUAUAUGCAUAUAUAAUGAUAGUGUGCGAUUUCGUGCGUCUAAACAGAAAAGUCGUCAAAUCCACCACGGAGUAGGGAAAGACUAUUCAACUGCAAAUGUCCACCGUAACAAAUUUAUUAAUUAGAACAAAAGUUGUUGUGCUAAAAAGUGUGUUUUUGCCACUGUACCGAUACAAGUAGAACCUAAAUCCAGCAUCUGCAUUUGCAGUGAACGAAGGUGCUUGAUCAUAAUCGACAAACCAGUACGCAUCUGUUUAUUGUCUCACUGUGUAUCCUCCACUUCUUUCCAUUGGCAUGCGACCACACAAUUCUGGUCCCACCGCCUGUUAAGUAAUUUCAUAGACUAUUAGACUUCCUUAGCUAAUAUUCGUGCCACUGAUACCCGAUCGGUUAGGCCACCGGCGUCAACUAAGAGUUCUGUGCAGUUAAUCGAACUGAAUUUGAGAAACAGUCAUUGCCUCUCUGCCCCAGCCGUUGUCCUUUUCUCUUAUUCAUUUCUUUUAGUAAGACGUUAAAUGAUUUCGAUCCUAAUCAUUAGUCGAGUAUCGUGUGUCCCUUGCCGGGGGAGUCUUUGAGAAAUAAUCCACCGUUACCCGGUGCUUCAUUCCUGUCAUGGACAUAACGGGUCGCAGGAUGUUAAGUGUGCGUGAAUUCUCCUUAGCCCAUUAAUAUCGAGAGGCAAAUGUCAGUCUCCAGCCUAUUCGUCGUCAUUGGUUACUCAUGUGAACUUGGAAAUUUUUUGAGGGCGCCAGACAAGAAGUAGACAGGUGUUAUAGAGAGUGUGGAGUAUGGAUGUCUGACGGCCAGGGACAGGUUGGAAAUGGCCAUUCCGCUUUCUAUUGUCCUGCCCAUAGCAUUUACCAAACCAUCCUGAUCCCAACCGAACAAGUGUUUUUCGCACAUGCCUUAUCGGGCUGGUCUUCCAGCACUUGUCCUUAGGUCUUCUCAUUUGAUGAACAUACAGCCCUCCAGGCGGUCCGGUGCCGAAGAAAGCGACUUGUGUUCCACGAAGCCUACAGCAUUUGACCUAAUCAAAACACAUCUAUCAAAAAUACGCGAUGCCCCCUUGCCUCCACUUCCACCGUGAUAGCAGGACUGGUAGCUUUCGAAGGACAGCAUAACUGGACCUUUUACAAAUCGCUGACUUUCUCUUUGCUUUACAACGAUCAUUGAGCGGUAUACAUGAGUGCAGAGGCCUGAGGCAGAUCGGCAAAGACGGCGAUAACUGAGAAGGCAACCGAUUUCGGGACUACUGCAUUUUAUGGUCCUUAAAGCACUACGCCAACCAGCAUUUAUGAUUGGCCACCAGAUCGGUACGCAUAAACGCGCACGCCAUUUGCGUGAUCUUUCUGCACAAUAUGACUGGUGUCUCGGUUUUCGUCGUCUCUGUCGGUUUAUCUUUGGUAUUUGCUUACUUGGUCAUUUGGCAACCUGUUAGGCGCUCGCUUCUUCGCAUCUCCUACCGUUUGAUGGGGGAAUCCUGUGAAAAAAACAGCCAAAUCAGGGAGCACUCAUCCCAACCAAUCCAAUCAUGUCAUCUGGGACUCGAACGGAAUGACCUUGACGACGGUGCUGUAAACGAUGAUAGCAACUCAUAUCGCUUACCGGGGUACUCAGACCGCAUUUCCAAUGAUAGGCACUUGUUUCUGUUCAGAAGGUGGCUCGAUAAACGCGUGAAGAAGGAGAUACGAUCACUGAGACAAGAGGUUUAUUCGCCUGACGUUUCGGAUUUCUGCUCCAACUCAUCAUCAGAGACAAAAGCAGAUGCGGAUGGUUCACGCACAAGGGGCUGCAGUAUUUAUAGAAUGCAGUCGCCAUGCUACCACAUACCUAUGAAUAUUCACGGCUCCCACCCAUCAUCAAGGAUCAUUGCACUUGGUGUGAUAACUAUUUGAUGGCCGACAUUCGCGUCGUUAAUUGCUGCAAUUUCAUCACGUGUGCUAAAUAUUGGUGUGAUGAUUGCUCGACCAUCUGACCCACCGACCCUGACGUUGGCAUUGCGCUCCCCGCGUGGCUAAUUACUCCGCCUAGGCGAACUUUCAGCACUGAGUAUGGAAGAGGAAGGUCGUUGCACUUGUUAAUGGACCGGGGGUCAGUGAAUCAUGACUCAACCAGCUUGCGGCUCGCGCGGUUGUUACUUCUUGCGAGAAUUUCGGCCUCGUCGAAUUAAACAUGUGUGGCCUGAUCUCGUCGAAUGACAAGUGCAACGACCUUCCCCUUCCAAACUUAGUGCUGAGACUUCGCCUAGGUAAAGUAAUUAUCCACUGGUGAACACUGUUCCCAACGUUAUGGUCGGUGUGUCAGAUGGUCGAGCAAUCAUCACACCAACAUUUAACACACGUGAAGUUGCAGCAAUAAACGACGCGAAAGUCGAACAUCAAACAGUCAUCAUACCAAGUGUAACGAUCCCUGAUGAAGGGGGGGGGGGAGCGGCGGUAGCAUAGCGACUGCAUUCUAUAAAUACUGCAACCCCUUAUGCAUGAACCACUCGUAUCUGCUUUUGUCGCUGAUGAUGAGUUCAAGCAGGAAGUCGAAACGACAGACGAAUAAAACUCUUGCCCCAUUGAUAGUGUAUCCUUCUUCGCGACUGCUUCCUGGGACUCGUCUCUUCGCUGCUAUCGGCAGUAAUGGUCUUGCCUAAACCGCUACGUCCUCAACUCAAGUUACAUUUAGUAGGAGGAUACUAAGGACACCAAGAGAAAGACAUUAUUCCGUACAGAAGCCUGAAAAAGCUUGACUGGAACGCGAGCGGCCAGUAGGCAGGUUAACGGCUUGCAAGUGUCCAGGGGGUGAGAGCAAAUGUCCACUUCAAGCGUGGUUGGCUGGCCUCGCGAACAUGCCUGAGAUUGACAGGCAAGGAAGGCGAACAUGCGAACGUCUGAGCAUUUAAAUACAACGCGCUAGGUAUGGGCCGUAUUCACAACAAGGCUUGGGCCCUCGCCAAUUAAGUAGGGCACGUGGGCUCCCAAUUCAGACUGAAGUCUAGGUCAUCUGGGUAAAGAGAUGCCCAGUCUUAACGGAAAACAAAGACGAGUGGAGUGUGCCCUUUCGCAACUGCGAGUCCUGCUUCCAUGCAUAUGCUACCGUACUCGGGAGGAAACAGCAUUUUUAAUGUUUGGAAUGAAAAGUACGCCUCCCCUCAACGGAGACAUAGAGAUCCAUUUAGAUGGUCUUCGCGACUGAUUUGCUAUAUAAAUGAUUCUCAAUUUCACCUCUUGCUCUGUUAUGUAUCCGUUUUAAAUUAUCAACCCUCAACAAGAUAGUUCACGUCCCAGGGCGUAUCGCAUACAAUGGUAGGGGACGCUCACCGAUCGUUCUUACGGUACUCACUCGUUCCGUUGUGCCUUACGAGCUCUCGCUCUCUCUCUCUCUCGAGCUCAACCAGCAGGCACACAGCGGCGCGUGACAUAGGCAGAAUGAUAUUACCGACAAAGACAAGGGAGAUUGGAAUGGCCAUUUCUGGCUUAGUAGCCAUCGUCAGCCAGUCAUACCCAACCCCGAAGUGUGGAACACUCGAGGCUCGAACUCGAAACCUGUUACUAAGAGGUCCACGCCUCUAGAGCCCCUUUUGGUAAUAACAUACUGCCUAUAUCAUACGCCGCUGUGCGGCUGCUGGUUGGACUCGAGAGCGAGAGCCCGUAAGGCAUAACGAAACGAGUGAGUUUCGUAAGAACGAUCGGUGAGCGCCCCCUACCAUUGUAUAUUCCCGAUCGAAACCGACAGGGCAACGGUCUUGUGGCCCAGUGGUUAGAGGCGUGGACUUCUAAACCAACAGGUCGCGAGUUCGAGGCUCGGGUGUUCCACACUUCGGGCUUGGGUAUAGCUGGCUGACGACGGCUAAUAAGCCAGAAAUGGCCAUUCCAGUCUCCCUUGUCUUUGUCGGUAAUAACAUACUGCCGGUAUCGCAUACGGUAUAUCCAGAUGAACUUUUUAUUGGAAAACGGUCUGAUCCUUAAAAGAUGGUAAUGAACUAGUACGGGCUAAAGUUUAAGGACCCAUUUCGUUGUGUUUGACUUUCUGACGAAGUUAUAAACAGUCCUUUACAGCUUGGGCUUGUGGUGAAGACUACAGUAGGUGACCUACCUGAAGAAAGGAUUUGGAAUUUACGAAUGGUUGUUAAUCGCUCGCAAACAUACAUCAAUACAUGGACCAACUAUCUAUGCUAUUAAAGAACAACUUUAAGAGAAUUGAAAACAUGAAAGGUAACAUUGCGUUGUCUAUAAAUACCAGUCUUUUCAGAAAAGUGGAAAGCAGACGGGAGCCUUUGGAAGUAGAUUCUAUCGCUUCCAUAUUUGGACUGUUAAGGGCGAUAAGAAUCCAACAAAAGACUAACAUGAUAUUACCUGUAUAAGAGAGCGUCUAUCGUAGGAGCAAGAAGCAAGCAUAGAGAAUGCAGGCCCAAAGAAAGCCUACAUACAAGUGUUCGUAUCAGAGUCUAGCAUAGACAGUGCAGUUUGCAGGUGAACCAGGACGGAGUGGAUUAUAAUAUGCACUAAUCUGAGGGCCACAAACAUGCUAACGGAACAGGUAGCAUGAUUACUGUCGGUUGUUUAGGCUUCAAAACCAAUCCUGGAACCUUAAUGCCAUCGUGCCCCAUUCGAAUAGUGAGUUACGAUCACUUAUAAGAGCAGAAGGGGAGUUCAUUAAUCUUAAUUGCAGUCAAAACUACAUAAGACUAUACUCUUGGUCGAUCGAAAACACCCAAUGAAUAAAGACUGAGGGUCGGGCGGAUACGCUGACUAUAUCCAAAAGGGCUCCUCAUUGGUUGGGGAAGUGGGAAUGCUCUGUUAUAUCCUUCCAGAGAUCAAUAGCGCCAUUAUUGUUUAUAACUUUCAAGACACCGACAAUGGGUGCGCUAACUCAUGAAAUGUUAACUUAAAUUCCUCAAUGCGUUUUCGUUUCAAAAGGAUUACUUAAAUAGGAUUGUGAAAUUAAUCAUCAUGCAACAUAAUUUUAUAUUAAUUCAGCUACCCGAGAUGCUCGUUUUCGAACGAACUUCUUCCUGGCAACAUACAAAAACCACACUCUGUGAAAAAUGAUCACUUAAGUAGCAUGAAUUUUUCUCAUUAAUUUUCAAUUCCCUUAAAAAUUCUAUUAUAUUGAAUAGAAAACAUGCAUAAAAAUAUUCAUUCUUUUAUUUGAGAUCCGACGUUUCGGGUAGUUUAUUCGUCUACCCAUCUUCAGGGACUGGGAGGUCCUGUGCACAGCACUCCUUAUUAUGGCGCCCUUUGUCCAAUGCGUGAUCCGCCAAUGCCGCCUGUGUGGCUGCAUCCAACCCGCAUGUCACCGUGACCUGAAUCGCCCCCGUCGGCCGCGGUGAUGACUGACGGCCCCGAUUGUCCCGCGCCGUGACUGUCCUCCGCUAAGAAGGUUCGUAAAGUCAGAUAAGGGGGAGGCAAAUUGAUGUGGCGGUUGACAGAGCGGUCGGUGGACAUCCAGGCUUCUUGCACUUGCCUUGCUGUGCGAUCGCUGCCCCGGCCCACAAUCUCAACGGCGUCAAAGUUGAGGAAAACCGACGAACAGGCUGCAAAUUCUCAGCUACAACAGCAACCACCCGCCACAACACAAACGAAGCUGUGUCCGCACGCUGUACCGACGGAUGGAAACUCAUUGCAGCACGCCAGCCGUCAAACUGGAUGAGAUAAAGCUCCUCCGAGAACUUUUCAGAGCCAAUGGCUAUCCGCGGGCAUUCAUUGAACGAAGCCGGAGGCAGCCAAAGAAACGGAACGAGGAGCAUAGUCAGCCAAACUCAUGGCGGAGCAUUCCGUACAUUAAAGGGGUGUCCGAAGUCGUGGCUCGAUCACUCGCGCCACUCGGAAUAGGUGUUGCCCACAGGCCUGACUCAACAAUCCGCCGGCAAGUGAUGCGGCCGAAAGAUCCGAUCCCUAAGCAGAAGAUGUCGGCCGUUGUCUACCGACUUCAAUGCAGCUGCGGAAGUUGCAACUACGUUGGAGAAAUCGGGCGACGACUGCAAACGCGAAUGCACGAGCAUAAGUUGGCCGUGCGAAGGUUGGACCCAAAGUCGGAGGUAGCAACCCAUGCCGCGCAAAUGGGACACAUCUUCAACCUUGACGCCGUUGAGAUUGUGGGCCGGGGCAGCGAUCACACAGCAAGGCAAGUGCAAGAAGCCUGGAUGUCCACCGACCGCUCUGUCAACCGCCACAUCAAUUUGCCUCCCCCUUAUCUGACUUUACGAACCUUCUUAGCGGGGGACAGUCACGGCGCGGGACAAUCGGGGCCGUCAGUCAUCACCGCGGCCGACGGGGGCGAUUCAGGUCACGGUGACAUGCGGGUUGGAUGCAGCCACACAGGCGGCAUUGGCGGAUCACGCAUUGGACAAAGGGCGCCAUAAUAAGGAGUGCUGUGUACAGGACCUCCCAGUCCCUGAAGAUGGGUAGACGAAUAAACUACCCGAAACGUCGGAUCUCAAAUAAACCCCUCCCGGUGAACGCCCCCUCUUCUUUUGAUAUGCCACCUGGGAAUCGGAUUUUCACUACUAUUGAUAUUCAUUCUUUUGCUCAUUCGGUAUAAAAUACGUCUUCUUCCAGUUUUAUACUAGAAGGAAAAGUAUAAUCCGGUUUCCAAAAACUUUCCCUAUUCCCGAAUAAUAUAAAGCACGAACUGCCUUUACACUUGGAUCCACGGUUUCAAAACGGCAAACUGUACAUUUUCCGCAUGCGGAAAACCAUACAUUUCUUCACAGUAUUAAGAGGUGACCAUAUGGGGUUCAUAAAAUUAAGCGAUGAAUUUGAGUCCUAUUGCAAACUGUACAGACAACAUUAGCAAAUGCAGACACAUGAUGUCUUAUGAACGGCCAUUUCAUGGUAUUAAAAAUCUCACAAAUAGAAACUUUCUUAAAACCAACUUCUACGCUUCCUUCAAGUAUAACAUGGGGUGAAAGAAUGAAUAUUUUUAUGCAUGUUUUCUAUGAAAUAUACUUGAAUUUUUAGGGGCAUCGAAAAUCAAUGAGAAAAAUUGCAGGCUAGUUAAGUAAUCAUUUUUCACAGAGUGUGGUUUUUAUAUGCGGCCAGGAAGAUGAUCGUCCAAAAGCCGGCAUUUCAAGGUAGUUGAAUUAUUCUAAAAUUAGGCUGCAUGAUGGUUAAUUCUACAACCCUACUUUAGUAAUAUUUUUGAAACGAAGAAGCAUUUUAGAAUUUUGGUUAAAGUUUCACGGGUUAACUCCCCUGCUGGAUCUUCUACUUGCAAGCGUGAAAUCAGGGGUGCCCUAGCAAAUGGCUCUAUAAUUUUUUUGAACAGCUCAAUUUCGCCUUUUCCCAUAAUGACUGACAAAAUUAUCUCAGAAAAUUUAAUAAAACAUCCACAAGCAUCAGAGACGCAUCCUCAGGAUUUCAAAAUAAAGGAUUUAUUACAUUCUUUUCACUUGCUUCCAAAAACUUAUGGCUCUGGAGACUAGAAGCCUGAGUGUUCCGGACCGAAGAAAUUAGUAAGAUUGUAAUUUUCAGCGAUGGAUGUCUCCUCGAUAUUUUGUACUGUGGAAUUUGGCGGUUCAGGCCAGUAAAGAGAGACAUGUAGUUUUAUGUUGGGACUUCGCUUUGUCCAAAGAGCUGGGGGUAUGUAUUAUUUCACCUGUACGAGCCUGAAACAGGCAGACACGGCAGAAUUUGAUACAAGUAAAAUUCGCGACAUCUUAUCAUCUGGAACCUGUCGUUACACAGCACAGAUACCGAAUGAAAACGAUACAGACAUUUGGACUUACACAGAAAAUUCUGUGUAAAAGAGCAAGCUCAUCGUUUGCUGCACACAGACUUUCCAGUUUAGAUGAUAUCCUAAAAACAUAAUAAAGAAAGAAACAUGUGAAAUUUAGCAUGCAAGCGGAGUGCGUACCGCAAAGGACUUAGAUUGACCAGGGCAAGUCGAGGUUGACCACGUGGUCUAGUUGUUUGUAUAGGCCAAGUUUCUCCCGCCAUGAAAGGCCAACCAAAAUUCCGAAUUGCGUUUUCGUUUAGAAGAGAUUGAUUAAGUAGGGUUCUAAAACUAGUCAGCCUGCAACAUAAAGCUAUAAUAUUUAAAUUACCGCAGGAUGCCGGUUUUCAAAUGAAUUUUCUUCCUGCUGCAUGCAAAAGCUACACUCCGUAAAAAAUGGCUACUUAUGUACCAUGAAUUUUUCUCAUUUAUUGUCGACGCCCCUAAAUGUUCAAUUAUAUUUCAUGGAAAAUAUGCACAAAAAUAUUCAUUCUUUUGCUCUUUGGAUAGAAAAUUAUGUUUUCUUUCAGUUUUAUACUCAAAGGAAGGACAUAAUUCGGUUUUAAAAAAUUCCUUAUCGUGGGACUUUUAAAUACCGUGAAGUGGCCUUUCAUAAAUCGUUAUGUAUCUGCGUUUACCAAUGUGGCUUGUGAAGUUAUCAAUAUGAAUCAAAUCCACUGUUAAAUUUUACGAAGCCCAAAUAGUCCCACUUUAGUACCGGAGAGAAAUGUGUGGUUUUCCGUACGAGGAAAAUAUACGGCUUGUAGUAUGGAAACCGUGAAUGCAAGUGUAACGGUAGGGCAGGUUCAAAAUUAUGCAGGAAUUGGGAAAGUUUUUGAAAGCCGAAUUAUACCCUUCCUUUGAGUAUAAGAUUGGAAGAAGACGCAAUUAUCUACCGAAUGAGCAACGAAUUUUUUUAUACAUUUUUUCCAUGAAAUAUAAUUGGACUUUUAAGGGAAUCGAAAAUCAAUAAGAAAAAUUCAUGCUACUCAAGCAGUCAUUUUUACAGAGUGUAGUUUUUGAAUGCAGCUGGGAGGAAGUUCAUUCGAAAGUAGGCAUCCUGAUGUAACUGAAAUAUUAUAGAAUUAUGUUGCAGGCUGACUAGUUGUACAACCCUACUUGCUUAAUCUUUUCGAAACGAAAACGCAUUUCAGAAUUUCGGUUGACAUUUCAUGAGUUCGUCCGCCUACUGUGCGUAGGCUACCUUCAAGUAGUGCAGUGUACGAGUUGUUCGUGCGCGAACUAAUACUCGGAAGGGUGUUUUGGUGUCAACAGAGUGACCGCUAUCUGGGAGGUGCUUCGCGCUAGAAGAACGAGGAAAUUUUAUUUUCCCGCUUUAAAAGUCAUUAGGCAGGUGCUUAACUGACCUGGUCUUUGCGUUCACCAAAUGUACUUGCAUCCACAAGUGCAUGCAAAUUCAUGAACACAAUUUGAGGUAGCAUGCAAUGGCCAGUCGACCUUCUCCUUGGAAUGGGAAUAACUUAAGUGAGACUGUUUGAUAGGAUUUUCGACGUUUCUCUACAUUUAAACAUAUCUUAUAGAAAAUAUUCACAAAAAUGCACCUUCUUGUAACCAUUUAGCUGUAAAUCACAUAUCACCUGCGUGCCUUAUGACAGGGAUUGUGCGGAGGGCUCUCCAGUCUUUGGAGUUGGAUAGAAAAGCCUAGUGGUUGAAGCAUCAGAGCGGAAACGAGUGUCUCCAGUUGUAUACUUUUACUCUUUUCUGCAUGGUAUUCAAUAAUCAAAUAUUCGUGAGUCAGGAGGUCAACGGUAGUGUCGGCUAUUGCCACCGCGUGCUUUACAGCUGACACACACACACGACGGAUGAGUCUGCCCUUAUAUCUUGAUGGCCAGAUCUGAUUUCUAAAAAUUCCGUGUGAGGCCUCGUUCAGGUGACGCUGCUAAACCUCACCGCUGACCUUACUCAGAGGAACACAGGGCACAUGUGCAGGUGACGGUGCGGAUGUGGUGAAUGCAGAGUUUUUGCUGCAGCGCUUGGACGACACCUACAUAGGUGCUCUCGCAAAGGCUUAAAUGAUACUGCAAUCGCUACGUCAUCAGUUUAACUUAAAUAAGCAUAGUAGCUAGUUCUAUAUACGACAAGUAGUUGGGAUUCUUGAGCCUGCCGUUACCAAGUUAUCUACUGAGAGUCGGAUUUGCCCCCCUUCCUCUGCAAACUCACUCAAAUAGGAGGCACAGUGAUGUGGUUUUAGAAAGAACUGGAGAGCGCGGCACCAAAUGUCCACCGCGAGCAAACUGCCAUCGUGGACGAUAGUCAACUCUAAUUUUUUCACGAUUCUGGGCCUAUCCUUGCAAAGUAAAAGAAAGGAAUCAGGUGGGCCUAAAACCUGUUUACCUUGAUACCCAUUGCAUAAGCCCUCUUUGGCCAGUUCAUCUGCUUUCGACAAUUUCCUGAGAGAAAUCAAACACGGUAUGGGCAUAACACUGAGCGGUCUCUUCUUCAUGAAACUGCGAAUAGUCAUGUAUUCCAACGUUGUCUAGCUCAGGAACUAUUUUCCAGUGUAACAGCUAACGUCGGAACUGCAGGAAAAUGAUUUUGGCUGAUUUUGGCGUCAGACUCACCAUUUUAUGGUAUGGUUGUGGCUUGCACUUUUAUUGUAAAUAACUAAUUUGCUGGAUUGGCGUCCAGAUGCGCCUGGGGGUAUUAUCGCAUCAUGGACCGACAUCUUGCAUAUUUUGCCAGCGCCUUAACUGAGACCGUACCUUUAUAUCCCAGCCAUGGACGUGCCGACUAGCCAACUGAUGGACUUGCAGGCAGACCACAAUUUCCUGAACUUCUCCUCAUCACAAACUUUCCGUGCGGAGCGCCUAUUUGGGCGGGGUAAGGGGGGGGGGAGAGCGAUAAAGGUGAUACUGUGUUCUCUUUAAAAUCAAUAAAAUGAGUCCGCAUUUCCUUCAUUUCUUUGUAGACAGUGCUUCGACGUGCCAAGUUUCGUGAAUGCGACGUCCAAAAAUUUCCUGAAUGCUUCUUUCGUUCCAUCUACUAUAUCUGCAUCACUUGCUACGGAGUACAGACAAUAUAUCUCAGUGGGAGGCAUGUUUUCUUUCAGGAGCCGUGCGCUGGCUUUGAUUCGAACAUUGACCUUGGUAAGUAAAGAGUAGGGCAAGUAAUAUCAUUUAGGACUGUACCUGUGUAUGUGUCAUCCGGAGGGCAAUUUUAGACGAAGAUUGCAUACUGCAUAUUCCACAGUGUUUAGUCUCACUUCCCGUUGACAUUAAUCAGACUAAAUGACGGAAGAGAAUGUAUGAGGUCUAUCCAGCUCAGUUCCAGCGUUUUGUUUCUUACUACUAACAAGCAGUCGCGCCACAAAACUAUCACGAUGCGCGAGCAUCUUGGGCCUCAAAAGAUUGCCAGUUGACGGACUAACUCCGCUCCCAUCUUAAUUUGAUUUUAUUUGCCUCUUAUCCGAUCCUCACACCGCCCCCACCCCAAUAAAACCAAGUACGUGUGAACUUUGGAGAGAACCUGUGUGUGGCGCGCGUAGACAGGCUGCGUAGUCUCGUCGGCGGCGGCGGCGUCCACCCCCGGUCGUUCUUGCUUCGUUUUGACAUCGAACCAUAAGCCGGAUGAGAAGGACGAGUGACAUUGAUACAGUGAAAGUUUGCUCCACCUAUAAACGACUUUUUGGACAAGUCACGGCCGCAGCAGGAUUGAGCGGUCGUGGUAAACCUCAUCUUUUUUGUCGGUGCUUAGCUUUACAAGCAGCCCCCGAUGAUGGAAAACAUUUGUUAAACCACAUAUAAUUAUCUCCUUGAUUUCCAUUCUACCGUUCCUACGCCUCCCGCCUUAAGACCAGUACUUCUCUCAGCCAAUGCCAACUGAUAUCCUAAUACUACACUGGGUGCAGUUCAGUUACUACCUUGCCAAUGUCUACAUGGUGCAGUUCCUGGACACGGUGAAGAGGGAUACCGGCCUGCUGAUGAUCCACCAUAUCGUAACUCUCCUCCUAAUCGGCUCCUCCUACUUGGCAAGGUUAUUGCUUUAAAAUAGUGCCUACUUGUUCAUUUUAAGUAGACGAAUAUUGUCAAUUUUAUUUAUGUGUGCAACUUUUCGCACAUUUUAGGUACGUAAAGGCGGCAUCCGUAGUAUACCUGCUACAUGAUGUUUCCGAUGCAAUUCUGGAAUCAGGAAAGCUUCUAAUAUACUACAAUGGACGUGAAUGUAAGAGCCAUCCUUGGGGUGAACUCAUAUCGACGUCAAUGUUUGUAGCCUUCACAUGUUCUUGGUGAGUUUGAGAAUACCACUCAGGAUAAAAUAUUUAUAAGGGAAAAGUCCCACAAAAUGCCUAUGCAUGGAUACUUUUCUCAGGUCCUUUACUCCAGACUUUAUAUUGAAAUCUUGGAACGACGAAUUGUAGAUUCUGCGAUUGCAUUACCUGUGUAGCUUUUGGCAGUCAUUCAUAUGUCUGUAAUUUACCCAUGUGUGGUCAGAAUUUUCUGACAACUUGAUAGCAGCGGACUUUAGAGAGAAUCCGACCAUUUUCCGUCCCAUUCAUCAGCCAAAAAAGAAAAAAAUAUUUCCCAGGACAUCUGGACGAGAUUUUUUUUUUAUUAUCUUCCGUUUUAUUGCCAAACGUAGGUUCUCUCUGCCGAUUUACCCGUUAACACUGCUUAGUACGUCCGCUGCAGAAUGUCUUCGACACAGUUUUUGAGUUGGGAGACUUCUCCUAGGCUUGAACUCAUCUCGCAGUUCCGCUGCAUCCGUUUCAUGUGCUCUUAGUCAGUAGAAGUUUACUGUUCGACGAAAAUGCAUGCCAAACGUGAAAAUUUCCACUAUACCACGUAUCGGUCCUUUUUGCAGUCUGUUUUAAAAGCCAUACUUCGGACCGUGUAAUGCACCAUGUUGUGCCGCGUGCUAAUUCUUCUGAAUGCUCUCGGUAGUGCAGCGCCAGUCCGUUUUUUAGUGUGUCAUUAAUUAGUCCUAAGUUAGUUUCUUUGCAAUAUGGCUUCGCUAGUACGUCGCCAAUAUGGAGGGCAUUCGGACACUCACCACCCCUUUGGUGCAACUGAGGUGUGAACUAUGGUGCCAUUGGAUGCCUAAAUCCAAAACAUCCCAUCCAUCUCAGGGCACUGGCAUCCGGGGUGGGGACUGACAUACCAGAAAUGACGUUUCCCGUCUAAGUAAUAAUUUUCUGUAACACUUUUUGAUGUUCUGUCGCUUGUUGAUAUGCAAUGGCCUAGCUGAGCUAUAGAGCUCUUGCUAGAAGGCGACAUGGCGCAUGCGGAUCUCGUCUUGUGAUUGGGAUAGUCUGACGAACGCCUGUCUUAUCUGGCUUCUGCUCCCAACGCAUUCGUCAAACAUAUCUAAGUUCCCCCUUUACUAGCCCAUUUCACCACUAGCCGAUAUACAUCCAUGGGCAGUGUCUACACCUGUUCUACAACCAGGUCUUCGUGCAACAUUAUACUGCGUAAUGGACCAAAAACUGCUCUUGUUACAUGCAUUAUAAUGGAGUUGCGUUAACCAACCAAUUGAGGAUUAGCGAUUGGCAUUUGCGUCUGCCUCUGGAACUUUGCAUGUAGGGCCAAGUAGGCUCUCCCAUGUCGCCUAAUAACUAAUAAUCAAGGAGUGUUCCCGAAACAAACAGAGGCCUCCUACUAGCCCCCUCAUGCAUAUUUGACACCAUAGCCUAGCGUUAGUCCAGUCCAAGUUAGGGUGUCUUACAAUUAAAGAAUACGGUCGUCGACCGUCAUGCGAUUAGGGUGCGCGUUGUAGUCGUGGAAUUUAGGGGCACAAUGGAAGUGCUCAGUGUCGUCUUAUAGCCAGGACAGAUGGACAAACGCCACUGUCGUCAGCUUGGAUAUUUCUAGUCUCUGCUGACAGGGCUUGCCAGAGUGUUUGACUUAAGGCACCUUGUCUGCAGAAUUACUGCAUUCGACGAACAAAAAGGAAAAAUGACUACCUUGGUGCAUCUUGACUUUGUAUAACACCCUUCAGUCACCUGACCACGAUGCCUUUGUGAAAAUAUUCAGGUUCUACCUGCGGAUCUACCUCUUCCCACUGCAUCUGCUUCACGCCGUCAACUGGUGUGCUUACCUGAAGCGUGAUUUCAUGAUUAUGAAUUUCUAUCUCCUUUUCAAUUUCCUUCUUGUGGCACUCUUCACAAUGCAUCUUGUAUGGGGCUGGGUACGUUAUUUUUUGCUAUUCUUACUACUAACACUUGGUGAGUAUAUGUCGGCCACCACUGCUAGCACUGACAGAGCUGCUCUGCCUUUCUAGUUUAUACUUCGAAUGGCUUUCCGUCUCGUGAUGGGUCAGUCAAGCCGGCUCGAGGACAUUCGCGAGGAGGAAGAAUCGAACGGACAUGUGCCAAAGGACAAGAGGGCGUAG